GAGAUGAUGAGUCUCUUCUUUUUUUCUUUGCAACACAUUAAAGGACAGAUCGUCAACUACAUUACAACAUCAUGUCCCAACAACAAGUCAACAUUACAGAUCUAGACUUACCUGCACUUCAACAAGUCAAAUCUCAACUUGAAGAGGAAUUAAGUCAUUUGACACAAUCAUAUACAAAGCUUAAAGGUGUUCAAAACAGAUUCUCAGACUGUGCUGAUAGUGUCAACUCUUUAAAAACAGAAAAAUCUGAUGACAAAACGAUUCUUGUACCUCUCACUUCAUCUCUCUAUGUUCCAGGUAAAUUGAGUGACGUCAAUAAGGUUAUUGUGGAUGUUGGUACUGGCUAUUAUGUUGAGAAGUCUGUCGGAGAUGCUUCCAAGUUCUAUAAUGACAAGGUAGAAUAUGUCAAAAAGAAUCUCGGUACACUUGAAAAGACAGUUACAGACAAGCAAAGCACAUUAAGAGCUAUUGUCAAUGUCAUGCAAGAUAAGAUUCAACAAGAACAACAACAACAGAAAUAAUUCAUUAAUUAGGCUUUUGCAGCACAGAAAUACUAAAUUUAUCGAGAAAUAAUAAACUUCAAAGUCCAUUUUCAA